AUGUACCAUCCACGAGAGUUGUACCCCUCCCUGGGGACCAGCUAUCGCCUUGGGCCCCCACAGCCGGGGGCAGACUCCAGCUUCCAGCCUGCCCUGGCCGAGGGCUACCGCUACCCCGAUCUGGAAACUCCCAAACUGGACUGCUUCCUCUCUGGGAUUGAGGCUGCUCCCCGCACCCUGGCCGCACCCCCACCUCUGCCCCCACACCCCCCGGUCCUGAGCACUGACCUGGCCCCUCCAGCCCCUGAGGCCCUUCACACCCUCCCUGGGGUCAGCCUGAGCCUGGAGAACCGGGAACUGUGGAAGGAGUUCAACUCCGUGGGAACAGAGAUGAUCAUCACCAAAGCCGGGAGGCGCAUGUUCCCUGCUUGUCGAGUGUCCGUCAUGGGCCUGGACCCUGAGGCUCGCUACCUGUUUCUUCUGGAUGUGAUCCCAGUGGAUGGGGCUCGCUACCGCUGGCAGGGCCGGCGCUGGGAGCCCAGUGGCAAGGCAGAACCCCGCCUACCUGACCGUGUCUACAUUCACCCUGAUUCCCCUGCCCCCGGUGCCCACUGGAUGCGACAGCCUGUGUCUUUUCAUCGCGUCAAGCUCACCAAUAGCACACUGGACCCCCAUGGCCACCUGAUCUUGCAUUCCAUGCACAAGUACCAGCCCCGUAUACACCUGGUACGGGCUGCCCAACUUUGCAGCCAGCACUGGGGGGGCGUUGCCUCCUUCCGCUUCCCGGAGACCACAUUCAUCUCUGUGACAGCCUAUCAGAACCCACGGAUCACACAACUGAAGAUUGCAGCCAACCCCUUUGCCAAGGGUUUCCGGGAGAACGGAAGAAACUGUAAGAGGGAGCGAGAUGCCCGUGUUAAGAGGAAACUUCGGGGCCCAGAGCCAGUAGCCACAAAGGCCUAUGGGAAUGGAGAUGCACCUGGUGGUCCCUGCGACUCCACACUAGGUGGGGACAUCCGUGAGUCAGACCCAGAGCAAACCCCAGCACACCGGGAAGUUGCCUCAGCCCCAGCGCCUCCAUGUGGUGGUCCCAGUGCCGAAGCCUACCUUCUACAUCCUGCCGCUUUCCAUGGGGCCCCUGGUCACCUUCCACCCAGGACCCCCAACUUCCCUGAGGCUCCAGACUGUGGGCGGACAGCCCCCUACUCAGCUGCAUUCCUAGAACUACAGCCUGGGCCAGGAAGUUCAGGGUACCCAGUAGCUCCACCCACAGCACCCUUUGCACCACACUUCCUCCAAGGGGGCCCUUUCCCCAUAUCCUACGGGCAUGGGAGUUACCUGGAUAUGGGCUCCAAACCAAUGUACUGA